CGAGUUAACCAGUCGAUCGACAUCCACUGACCGGGUCGCAUUACCUAAUACGUUACACACAUUACAAGCAAAAUGAAGACCGCGCCUGUAUUACUCGUUGUUCUUUUGUCAAUCAUUUGUGUCGUCCAAUGUAAGGAUCUAAUUGUGGGUUCCAGUUUUAAUAACAGAUUAAUACAUCAACAAAAAGCUGAAUACAAUGCUAUCCCGCUCAAGAAGCGUGUUAAGGAAGUCUUCUUUUCCGAUCCCGGACAACAAAUCAUUAAGGGAAUAAUUCUCCGGGACCUGGACCACACUGAGGCCAUCCCCAGUGUCACCGCUGGCGGCGUCGGCUUCUCGUACGCUAACAUCAGGCUGAAGAGCGAACGAGGAUCAGGCCUCAACUACCAGGUCGAAAUCUACGUAUAACAACAGUACAAUAAUAUCAGUAACGUUUUAAAUAUAUUUAUGAAAAUGUCACACUGCACUCAGUAAUUUUAAAUAAAUAUUUUUAGUAAGA